AUGCAUCCGGAGAACUGCACUGCAAUGCUGGACUUCAUCUUGUUGGCUUUUCCCAUUCAGCUGGAGCUUGAGAUCUUACUUUUCUUGGGCAUCAGCCUAGUCUAUGCAAUCAUAACAACAGGUAAUGUGCUUAUUAUGUUAGCUAUCUGGGGGGACCCUCACCUGCAUACUCCCAUGUACUUCUUCCUGGGAACUUUGUCUGUUGUUGAGCUCAGCUAUACAGCAGUUGUAGUUCCACAGAUGUUAGUCACUAGCUUGCAGGAGAGGAAGUUCAUCACUUUUAUGAGAUGUAGCACUCAGAUGUUCUUUUUUAUUGGCUUCGGUAGUGCUGACUGCUUCUUGCUGGCCGUCAUGGCCUAUGACCGUUACAUAGCAAUUUGCAAACCCUUGCGCUACACCCUCAUCAUGACACAACAUAUAUGCACUCAGCUAGUGGCUGCCUCACUGCUGAUUGGCUUCUUGAUUUCAUUAAUGUUGGUGGGGCUGGUCUUCCACCUCCCCUUCUGUGGUGAACAUGGAAUCAAACACUUCUUCUGUGACGUGCCACCCAUAUUGCAGCUCACCAGUAACAAGACCAAACUUGAUGAGGUCGGGGUGUUCUUCAGUGGGAUACUGGCCAUUGCUGUGCCCUUCAUAUUGAUCUGUACCUCUUACCUCUUCAUCGCUGUCACAGUGCUGCGGAUCCAUUCCACUGAAGCGCGUCGAAAGACCAUCUCUACUUGCUCCUCACAUUUAGCGGUGGUAGCUCUGCAGUAUGGCUGCUGCAGCUUUAUGUACUUGCGCCCAAGUUCCAGCUUUUCUCCAAAGCAAGACCAGAUGCUGUCAAUGGUGUACACUUUAGGCACACCACUAUUCAACCCCAUCAUCUAUACCCUGAGAAACAGAGAGGUGAAAGCAGCCCUGAGGAAAGUAAUCAGCAAUCAUAUCUUCCAAAGGAAAUCUGUAUGCCAUUGA